AUGAACGCCAGAGCUUGUAUAAGUAAGAAGUACAGCGCCAUCUUCCUCUGUCUGGCUGUGGCUGUUUUAAUCCUUGUGCUACGUAACAUGGAGGUCCUGGAGACCCCCAGCCAGUUUCAGCAUGAGGUGAACUCCACCAUCAUGGCCCCGAGAGUUUCCACUGACCCUGACGUGCAUCGGGGCUUCUGCACCUUCCAGCCACUGUCCCCUGAGGACGCUGUGGAGGAACGCCUCCUACUGGACUCCAUUGCUUGGCCUGAAACUCCACUAUUGCCAACUCCUCUUAUCCUGGAGCAGACCAGUGACCCAGCUCACAGCACCUUCACCAUUCUCCCAGGGAGGGGGGGAGGACAGUGGCACGUAGGGGAUCAGCUGGAGGUUAGGAUCAAUAUGUCUGAUUUCCAGGGCCGUCCCAAGAAGUCUGGGGGAGACUUGUUACUCGCCCGGCUGCACAACCAGAAGCUUGGUGCAGGUGUGGCUGGACAGGUGGUGGAUCAUCUGAAUGGCAGCUACUCUGCUGUAUUCUCUUUACUCUGGGAAGGAGACGCGCAGGUUGAGGUGACGCUGGCUCACCCUAGUGAGGCUAUCACAGUGCUGAAGAGGCUCAACAGUGAAGAACCUGACAGGAUUGGCUUCAAGAGCCUCUUCCGCUCAGGCUCAAUCUCUGAAACUACCAUCUGUAAUGUCUGCCUACGUCCAACCCAGCAGCCGCUGUGCAACCACACUGACCUCCGUACAGGCGAGCCUUGGUUCUGCUACAAGCCGAAGAAACUGAGCUGUGACGCCAGGAUCAACCAGGCAAUGGCACACUACAAAGGAAACCUCAGGGCCAACGAGCAGAAGCUCUUUCAAAGUCGUGUCAACAUGAAAGUGUACAUACGGGCUUCAGGACCUGCCAAUGUCAACAUCUUGCCAAAAAAGGAAGGUCUUAAGGAGUUUGACCUGCACAGCCUGAAGCAAAUUGGACCUUUCAUGGCCUUGGACUAUGCAAACAACAUCUUGGUGAAAUUCCGCUUCCAUGGUCCUCCUAUCCAGAGUGCUCAUGUCUCAAACAGCAAGCUUCGUUACAUUGCCAAUGAAAUAGAUGGCUUAAUCGGAGGCACCGACACUGUUGUAGUUUUUGGCAUCUGGGCUCACUUUCGCACUUACCCCGUGCAGCUCUACAUCCGGCGGCUGCAGAGCAUCCGCAGGGCGGUGGUGCGGCUGCUGGACAGGGCUCCAGGGACGGUGGUCAUCAUCCGGACCGGGGCCCCCAGAGACUUGUCGCAAAUUAACAGCGACUGGCACUCACUGCAGUGUUAUAAGGUGCUCAAAACCAUGUUCAAAGGACUAAACGUUCAUCUGAUCGAUGCCUGGGAGAUGGUCCUUGCCCACCACCUGCCGCACAACGUCCAUCCACCACCUCCCAUUAUUGAGAAUAUGAUUAACGUUCUCCUGUCCUACACGUGUCCUCAAAAGGGCGGCUAG